AUGGCCGAAACCUCACUAUUCGAGAAAUGUCCCGGCACCAUUGAAGAGUGGACCGAUGCUGCCUCGAAGGGUGAACUUCUCGCAGUAUCUCCCAAAGACUACACGGACCACAAACAUGGCUCCAAAAUCACCCAGCCACAGUUCAUCGUCCUACGAACCCUCGUCCAAUCCGCCGGGCCUGAAUCCUUCGAUCCAAUUCUCUUCGACCUGGAGAACGAUAUCGAAAGAGCUCGCCCUCUCCUGCAAGACUCCGCCGCCUUUAAGAGCUACCUUGACGCCGUGAGAUCCAAUUCCGGCCGCGCAGAGGAUCACUUUUCUGCUGCCAGUAUGUUCCAAUUUGAAGUUAUAGAUGACCAUGAGGGACCAUUGCAACCGCGUGAUGAGGAACUUGGCAAGCGGGCCGUCAGCGCCUCGGUCAUCUGUCUUCUAUUGGCGAUAUGCAGUAAUUUCUCAGACAUGACCAGCAAUACAUUGUGCAGAUUUAGUCGGAUCGAUCUCGUGGCCAAGUUUGGAAGCGGCAAGGGUAGCGGGUUUAUCGCAAGUACUAGUGGACAAGUGCAAGAUAAGUCUCGUUCAUGGUGGAUAAAGGCCCCGGUGUACUGCACUAGCAAUGAACGGCAAGUUUAUGGACCUGUUAUUGAUAUGCGGGAGGCGGCCCUGCUUGUCGCUUGGAUGAAGGAAUACCCCGGCUAUCCCGACCCGAAGCGUCGCAUUCUUAUAUCCCAAAAUGGAAUUGAACUUUACUUGACCUUUGCUUUGUGCGGCGACGACUGGAUGACAUCGUAUGUGGAGGAGGGCAACACCGAGGUCAAUGACGACAGUUUCAUGACCAUGCAUCGUUAUGGCCCUUGGUUGAUCAACAAUGCUGAGCACAUGGAAGAGCUUGCAGCUAUUAUGCUGGCUAUUAGCUUCUGA